UGUGAUUGGGGGGCGGGACUUAGUUUGACAGCGAGGAGUGGUGUAACACGAGGGGACGGUGACACCGGGUAGGUGAGUAGGAACGCUGCCGGCUGCGGAGUCAGGUCUACUGUCCUCGAAGAAAUGGAUUUGCUGUUGUAUCUGGCCGGCCUGACAGUCCUCUUUCUCCUGUGGAUUAAAGCAAAGGGCUUUGAGUAUGUCAUCGUCCACCACCGAUGGAUCUUCGUCUGCCUCUUCCUCCUUCCUCUGUCUGUUGUCUUUGAUCUGUAUUAUUAUGUCAGAGCCUGGCUGGUGUUUAAGAUGUGCAGCGCUCCAAAGCUCCAUGACCGGCGGGUAAAGGAGAUUCAAGAACAGGUCCGUCAGUGGAAAGCCGAUGGAGCAAAGAAGUUCAUGUGUACCGGGAGGCCGGGUUGGCUGACCGUAUCGCUGAGGGUGGGGAAGUACAAGAACACGCAUAAGAAUAUCAUGAUCAACCUUAUGGAUAUCUUAGAGGUGGACACCAAGAAACAGGUUGUUCGUGUGGAACCAUUGGUGAACAUGGGUCAGGUGACUGCCUUGCUGAAUUCUAUUGGCUGGACCCUUCCUGUACUGCCAGAACUUGAUGACUUGACUGUUGGUGGUCUUAUUAUGGGAACUGGCAUUGAGUCUUCAUCACAUAACUAUGGGCUUUUCCAACACAUCUGCUUGGCUUAUGAGCUUGUCUUAGCUGACGGAAGCCUUGUCCGUUGUACGCCAACUGAGAACUCUGAUCUCUUCUAUGCCGUGCCAUGGUCCUGUGGGACUCUGGGAUUCUUGGUAGCUGCUGAGAUAAAGAUUGUCCCAUUCAAAAAGUAUGUGAAGCUGAAUUAUACGCCAGUAAGGGGCCUGGAGAAGAUCUGUGAGAAGUUUUCCAGAGAGUCUCAGAAGAAAGAGAACUACUUUGUGGAAGGUUUGGUUUACUCUGCAGAUGAGGCCGUCAUUAUGACUGGGGUCUUGACUGAUGAUGCUGAGCCAGGCCAGGUGAAUAGAAUCGGAAACUAUUGGAAACCCUGGUUCUUCCGCCAUGUGGAAUCUUUCCUAAAGAAAAACCAAAGUGGAACAGAGUACAUACCCCUAAGACAUUACUAUCACAGACACACACGGAGCAUUUUCUGGGAGCUGCAGGAUAUUAUUCCUUUUGGUAAUCACCCAGUGUUCCGUUACCUGUUUGGUUGGAUGGUUCCACCAAAGAUUUCCUUGUUGAAGCUCACACAGGGAGAAACUAUCCGGAAGUUGUAUGAGCAGCAUCACGUGGUGCAGGAUAUGCUUGUACCAAUGAAAUGUCUACAGAAGUCCAUUGAAGCUUUCCAGAAUGAGAUCAAGGUGUACCCACUUUGGCUUUGUCCUUUCAUCCUACCCAGCAAUCCUGGCAUGGUGCAUCCCAAGGGCAACGAGGCAGAGUUGUAUGUAGAUAUUGGCGCAUAUGGGGAACCAAACACCAAACACUUCGAUGCCAAAGCCUCUAUGCGACACUUGGAGAAGUUUGUCCGAGACGUUCAUGGCUUUCAGAUGCUCUACGCAGACUGUUAUAUGAGCCGUGAGGAAUUCUGGGAAAUGUUUGAUGGAUCCCUGUACCGCAAACUGCGGGACAAACUAAACUGCAAGAACGCAUUCCCAGAGGUGUACGACAAGAUUUGCAAAGCUGCUCGCCACUGAGAAGAAUUCUUUUAUUUUUUUCUCAUCAUUUCAUGUGAUUUGUAAAAUCGGACUUAUUUCUCCCUGUUAAUCUGCAGAAGACAUGAAGUCACUUACUGUAGCUGCCAACUGUGUUGACAUUUGGAAGCAGCUGUAUUUAAUGGUAACCGUCCCGUGUGUGAGCUUAAAUGUGUAAAGCGUCACAAUGAAAAGAAACCUUUAGGGCCCAUUUACUGUACAUCUAUGCGUGCGUAGAGGUGCUUUUUUGUGUCUUUUGAUGCGUUAUCAACAGGCUUUGAUGUGCGUUUCCAAUGCGUUUUUCAUUUUAAAGAUUUGAAGAAGAUACAGUUAACAGCCAUUGACCAAGGCUUGUUAGUUCCUCUUGCCAAUGCAUCCAAAUGCAUGUUUCAUGUGUUUUUUAUGCAUUCCUCUUGACUUCUAUGGGCCUCCCAAUGCACUCAAAUGCAGUGGGGAAAAUGGACAUUAUUAUUGGAAUUAUAUAAUGGACUUUAAAAAUGCACUGCAUGGCAGAGAUGGAAAUGGGCAAUUUUUUUACUUUAACACAUUCAUUUUAGCGGGUGUGUUAAAACACAACAGUGUAUAUGGGCCUUUAUUCUGCUUCAGCUUAACGGGACAGCAGUUUCGGGACGGCAGUUUCUGGACAGUAGUACCUGAGUAUUGUUGCUGACCAUGUCCAUCCCUUUUUCUGGACAGCAGUUUCUGGACAGCAGUAUGGCAUCUCCAAAUGGUAGGAUAUAUUCCAAUCCCUGGAUAUAAAAGGUUCCCCUUUAAUUCAUUUAUAAUUGUUUAAACUGUCUGGGAUGUUUUGAGCUUUUUCUAUCCAUAAUAAAAAAAAAUAAUUGUAAUCUAUUUAAUAAAAAACGCCCAGAUCUGUUCAGGUCAAACUGUAAUUUAAAUUAAGUUAUUCUGUUUUUUGAGUUAAGAACUUAAAGCAGAGCUCCACCCAAAAGGGGAAGCUCUGCUUGUUUGCUCCCCCCUGACGUCCCCGUCCGUCCCUGUGCCACAUUUUUUUCCCCCUCCAAGCUGGAACUCUUCUUUAAACAGUCUUAAUAUAAUGACCUUGAUAUACAACUGAACUUGAAAACUGUGCCUUCUGUCCCUUGCAGCCGGAGCCCAAGGAAGAUGUUGGUUCUAAUCUAGAAAUCAACUAAACCGUAUGAUUUUACCUUCUUUUACUGACCACUCAGGCCAAGGUCUGGACCUUGACAUUGUUCUUGAAAAUGGGGUCUUUGCAAGCCUAAAUGUGAGGUUGUUUUGUUUUGUAUGUAAACCAAAUGAAGGCAAUGUUUGUAUAUUUGAACAAAGUGCCAAUGCAUUCAAUGCUUUAAUUAAAUAAUCUUGUGUAUUUAAAGGAG